AUGUCUCUUCCUCAACCAGCAGAGAAUCAAGCGUACUGUAAUGUCUCUGCCCUUGAAGCAGGCCUGAUCGACCUGCUUGACACCAUGUUCAUCACCAAUGCCGUUUCAGGAAUGGUCACCAAAGCACCAUCUUUAAGCUUCCUCAUUCGCCACUCAACACGCAACGAAAACUUUGUCUUUGACUUAGGAAUUCGCAAAGACUGGGAAAAUUACCCGCCUGCUAUCGUCGAAUGGGCGAAGAAGACAUAUCCAGUAGAUGUCAAACAAGAUGUCGUAGAGUCUCUUCAAAAAGGAGGGUUGCAGCCGACUGAUAUUAAAUAUGUCUGCCUAUCACAUCUCCACUGGGACCACACAGGCAACACCCACCCGUUUACCAACAGCACUUUCUUGAUCGGCACUGCGGCUCAAUCUCUGCUUCAGGAAUCAAAAUAUCCUGACAAACCGGAUGGCCGUUACUCUCAUGACCUCCUUCCCAGUGACCGCACGCUCUUUUUAGAUCCUGGCGAAUGGAAGCCUAUCGGUCCGUUCCCUCGCUCAUUCGACUUUUACGGAGACGGAAGUCUCUACAUCAUCGAUGCUGCCGGUCAUCUUCCAGGUCAUAUUAAUGUCCUCGCACGCACCUCCUCAGAUGGUGGAUGGAUAUUUUUAGGCGGCGAUAGCGCCCAUCAUUGGAAUCUUAUCACCCUUGAAUCAGACGUCGCUGUAGGACAUCCGGGCCAUCUGCAUAUCUGUGCUCAUGCGGAUAAAGAGUUAGCUGAAGAACACAUCCGCCGCAUUAAUGCUUUGUGGAAACUACCUCGUGUACGGGUGAUCAUUGCCCACGAUGAACCUUGGUAUUCCAAGAACAAAGGCGGCGAUGCUUUUUGGCCUGGAAAAAUUGCAUCACUUUAA